AUGGCGAAAAGACCUGCUAAUGCAUAUUUUCGUUAUCGAAGAUCACGUAUAGUAAAGAAAACUAAAAUGAGUAUAUGCUCAAAAAUUACCAGUAAAGAAUGGAAAAUCGUUGAUAAUCCACUAAAAUUCCAAUACUACCAAGAUUACGUAAAAGAACUGGUUGAGAAAGAAGCUAAUUCCGGUGGAAAUGGUCUGACUAUAAAGACUUUUGAGAAGUUUGGUAAUUUUGCCUUCGUGUGUGAAACGCCGAUUUUAAAGAAAAAAACAACCGCUGCUGAUAAAUACGUUUUGUCGCAAAUGAAACGCGUCGAGGUUGAUGAUUUAGAUCCUUCUAUCUCGUUUAAGGAUGACCAGAACUUAAAGGAUAACACACAUCCUUAUAUUGCCGAAACCGGAUGUGGCGAAGAUGAUGUUCAUGAUCAAGAAGAAUUUUUGAAAUUUUUUUCGGAAAUGGAGGAGGAUCUAUUCGAAAAAUAUACAGUUGCCACUGAUUAUGUAAAUGAAGAAUAG